CAACUAAAUUUUAAGAAUACAUACAAUUAGUACAAAUUUCUAAAACUUGAACAUAUCUAUAGGUAAAAAGCGAUUGUAAAACAAAUUUAUUCAGUACAAACAACGUCAAAAACUAUCAAAAAUCGAAUAUGUUAUUUAUGAGAGAUGAUAUUUUUGUUUUUAUUUUAGCUUCGACUUAAUGUUAAUCUUGAUACAAAAGUAAUGAGUUUAGAAGUAACAUUAUUAUUAUUAAUAAUUGUGGGUCGUUGGUUUCUUCCCAAGGGUACAACAACUCGUUCUAAUUUAUCGCAAUUAUUACUAGUCUAUAUGUCAUUAGCAUCUGAUAUUGUCGAUUUGUUAACAAUUUUCAAUGAAGAAGAAGUUCUUCGAUCUCAUAAUAUGUUAAUAGCUACUCUAAGCGUUUUAUCAUGGAGUUUAUUUCAAUUUCCUAUUAAUAUGACGGCUACUCGAACACGAGUAGUAUCGUCUGUUAAUAGUCAACGUCCGAAAAAAAAGAGUCCAAAAAUAUUUAUUCUAUAUCCCCUUCAACAAUUAUUUGCCAAUGAAUCAUGGUAUAUUUAUGAAAUAAAUCUCAUGAGUUGUUCAGCAGUUCAAUUAGCUUUACGACUAGUCGCAGUAAGUUAUUUUUCUUCUUAUUUAAAAUAUAUAAUAAAAAUGUUAGUUUGA